CUCAGUUUGUUUCCCGUCGGACAGAUAAGUGGACGGAACCCAAACAGCCACGUAGUAAAAGGCGAAGCUCGCAGAAAGGUGAUUCCUUGGACACUGCUCCCUUUCUCCUAAGAAGAUGGUUUUGUGAGACGUUUUUUUCCAAAGGUGCACCAGCAGUGUUGUGACUGUUCAAUUUCGUAAUGGAAAUGGAUGCUAACCCUUCAGAAGCAACUCAAAUGGAGGAUAAUCAAGAAGACCGUGUUAUAAAAUCCAAACUGGAAGGUGAUACACAAUUAAUACAACAAGGGCUGGACAGCACACCGAACACAGAGGGAAAUACUCAUAAUGGGCUUCUCUUCCCCCGUUCUCUUUCAGGGCCUGUCAGUUCGGAGGUGAUGCCAAAUGGAAACGGACUGGCGGAGGACUUUAGCGCUGCGGAGGACACCCAUAUAAAUGGGCCCCUCCCUCCCCAGAGCACCAGCUCCCCCGUCAACUCCCAGACCCAAGAGCCCUCCCCAGGUUUGGCAGAUUUUCCACCCAUGAUGCUAGAGAGGUCUGAGGGGGCUAGUGCUGAGUUCACGGUUCACACGGGCGACUCAUUGCAGUCACUCAGGCUCAGUAUGCCUAUGCAGGAGACAGAAUUGUCCAACGAGAGGCCGUCGUUAGAGAUGGAGAACGAGGAGAAGAUCCGCCUGGAUGCUCGCCGCCGUCUGGAGGAGCAGCUGAAACAGUACAGAGUGCAGAGACAUAAGGAGAGGUCCCACCGCACCACCACCAAGAGCCGGCUCUUCAGCACCCUGGAUCCAGAGCUCAUGCUGCACCCUGAGGACCUGCCCCGGGCCAACACUUCUUCCAUGACCACGGAGUACUCCUUCCUGAGGACCAGUGUUCCCCGCGGGCCCAAACUGGGAAGCUUGGGAAUUCCCCCUGCCAGGGAGAAGAAGUCCAGAUCACCCCGCCCGAACAAGAUCCACUCCCUGGCUGACUACAAGUCUCCUGGGAACGAUGGCCGAGGUGACGGAGGAGGAGGAGGAGGAGGAGGAGGAGGAGGAGGAGACAGCUCCAUGAACUCCCUGCACUCCACCAUGAGCUCAGUGUCCACCCUGUCGGAGGUCAGUGUGACGUCAGAGGGCAGCACCGGUCAGACGGAGGCCCAGCCCGGCGCCUCGCUCCAAACCGGAGACAGCGUGUCUGAAAUUGACGGCAGUGAAUCCGGGACAAGGCCGGGGAACGAUGGCAACGACAGCGACAGCUCGUCCUACAGCAGCGUGUCGACCAGAGGGCAGUUCAGGACGCUCGCUGCGGCAGUGGAGCGGCAGCGGGGGGGCUACACAGUGGAGGGGAGGGAGAUUGCCGCCGAAGCCAUGGGUCAGUUCCCCUCCCUGCAGGAGGUGCUGCAGGCGGCCAGCGACGAGCGGCACCUGCUGGAGCUGGAGCAGCAGGGAGGAGGGACAGCGGAGCCGCGCAGCCGCAGGGACAGCUUCUCCAGCAGUGUCUCUUUGGAGAGUUCAGUGAUGGGCCACGAUGAGAUGCUGCAGGUGUUGAAGGAGAAGAUGAGGCUGGAGGGUCAGCUGGAAUCUCUCUCAUCGGAGGCCAAUCAGGCUCUCAAGGAGAAGACGGAGCUUCAGGCCCAGCUCGCCACAGUGAACGCUCAGCUGCAGGCGAAGAAGGCGGAGGCUCAGGUCAGCCAGGAGAAGCAGAGCGCCCUCACUGCAGAGGUCGGCACGCUGCGGCAGAGCUCCAGCCGGCUGGAGAAGGCCAUGGUGGAGCUGCAAGGGAGUCUGGAGAACAAGAACGCCAGCCUGACCUCCCUCAGCAACGACCUGAAGGUGGCUGAAGACCAGUACAACCGGCUGAUGGGGAAGGUGGAGGAGAUGCAACACACUGUCACCUCUAGAGACAACACAGUCCAGGAGUUGCGUCAGCAGAUGGGUGGUCUCCAGAGCCAGCUCCAGCAGGUGCAGCUGGAGCGCAGCACCCUGCAGAGCCGCAUGAAGACCUCCCAGGCCGAGAUAGACUCCCUGCAGCAGCUCAGGCAGUGGUACCAGCAGCAGCUAGCCAUGGCCCAGGAGGCGAGAGUUCGGCUGCAGAGCGAAAUGGCCAACAUGCAGGCUGGGCAGAUGACUCAGAUCGGUGUGCUGGAGCAUCUGAAGCUGGAGAAUGUGACCCUGUCCCACCAGCUCACCGAGACCCAGCACCGCUCCAUUAAAGAUAAAGAGCGGAUUGCUGUUCAGCUGCAGAGCAUCGAGGCCGACAUGCUGAGCCAGGAAUCCUCUUAUAAGCAAAUCCAGGAUGCGAAGAACAUGGUGGAGGAUGAUUUGCAGCACAAACUGGAGGAGUUUGAGGACGAGCGAGAGCACUUAACUAAACUGGCCAACACCGCCAGCACCCUGGAGAGGGAACUGGAGCAGGCAAAGUUGAUCCUUUCCCAGAAGGACGUGCAGCUGCAGUCUCUCCAGAAGGAUCAUCUGGAGCUGAUGCGCCAGCUGACUAGCACUCAGGAAGACCUGCAGACCAAAGAGCAGUCCAUCAACCAGCUGGAGGCCCGCUUCCUGGAGCUGGAGGCGCAGCUGGCCGAGCUGCAGACGGACGGCAGCGCCAAGGACGACAACAUCCAGUACCUCCAGAACGAGAAGAUCGUCCUGGAGGUGGCGCUGCAGGCCGCCCGGGCCGACAAGAGCCAACUGGACGAGGGGGCUGAGCGUCUCGGGGAGGAUGUUCUGGUGGCUUCAGACAUCUUGGAUCAGCUCCGGCAGGAAGUCCAGGUCAAAACCAACCAGAUUGAAACUCUUCAACAAGAAAACGGCUCCCUGAAGAAACACGCUCAGAAGCUGAAGGAGCAGUAUCAACAACAGAAGGUGAUGGUGGAAGCCUACCGCCGGGACGCCAGCUCCAAAGAACAGCUGAUCAGCGAGCUCAAGUCUACCAAGAAGCGCCUGCUGUCGGAGGUGAAGGACCUGAAGCAGGAGCUGCUGGGAGUCCAGGGGGAGAAGCAGCAGGCGGAGUUGGAGCAGGCGCGGCUGCAGAAGGAGGUGGUGAGGGUGCAGGAGCAGAUGAACGACAUGGAGGCGCAUCUGACCACCAUACAGGAAGAGAGGGGUCAGCUGGAGACCCAGAUCCAGACUCUGCAGUUUGACCGGAGCCAGCUAGCAGCCGUGACGGAAGAGAACGAAGGCCUGCGGAAACAGGUGGAGCAGUUGGAGGGAGAAGCCAAAAAGGCCAUCUCGGAGCAGAAGGUGCGUGUGAAGCGUCUGGGGACGGAUUUGACCAGCGCUCAGAAGGAGAUGAAGGCCAAACACAAGGCGUACGAGAACGCUGUGGGCAUCCUGAGCCGCAGGCUGCAGGAAGCUCUGACUGAGAAGGAGACCACCGAGGCGGAGCUGGUCAAACUCAAGGCCCAGGUGUCGGAGGGGGGAAACAGCCAGGCCUUACAGGAGAAGAUUAAGGCUCUGCAGGCUGAGCUCAGGGCUGUGGCCCACAGCAAGACGAUGCUGGAGAAGGAGCUGCAGGAAGUGAUCAACCUCACCUCCACCGAGCUGGAGGAGUACCAGGAGAAGGUGAUGGAGCUCGAGGAUGAGCUUCAAGAGGCCCGCUGCUUCAAGAAGAGGAUUCGAAAGUUAGAAGAUGCCAACAAGAAGCUGGCACUGGAGCUGGAGCAUGAAAAAGGGAAACUGGCUGGACUGGCUCAGUCCCACAGCACACUGCGGGAGCACUCCAACAUUUUAGAGUCGGCCUUAGCCAGGAGAGAGGCAGAUCUAGUCCAGCUCAACCUACAGGUUCAAGCUGUUCUGAAGCGCAAAGAGGAGGAGGACCAGCAGAUGAAGCAGGUGGUGCAAACUCUACAGCUGGCCUUGGAGAAAGAGAAAACCAAAGUCAAAGACCUGAAGGAACAGGUGGCGGCAGCGAAGGCGGAGGCAGCUCACAACAGACGGCACUACAGGGCGGCCAUGCUGGAGCUGUCAGAGAUCAAGAAGGACCUGCAGGCCAAAGAGGACCUGGUCAAAGCUCUGCAGAGUGCAUCCCACAAACUACAGGCUCAGGAUGAGCAGCAUGCUCAGGAGGUCUCCAGAUUCCAGGGGGAGCUGGCUGAGGCCCAUUCCCAGCUGCAGAUCCUGCAGAAACAGCUGGACGAGGAGCUGUCCAAGCAGCCGCUCACCAACCAGGAGGUGGAGGAUCUGAAGUGGGAGGUGGAGCAGAGGCAGCGGGAGAUUGAGACCCAGAAGCAGCAGCUGGAGAUGAUGGAGCAGUGUCAGCACAGGGAGCUGGAAAACCUCCAGAGAGCUCUGCAGACCAUCAAGGUGGAGCUGGAGUCGGUGCAGGACGAGCUGAGUGGCACCAGGAAGGACAAGUUCAUGCUGCAGGCCAAGGUGGUGGAGCUGAGGAACAGCAUGAAGACGCUGCUCCUGCAGAACCAGCAGCUCAAACAGGACCUCAAACAGACGCGGCUAAGAAAGCAGCGCAUGGAGCUGAAGAGUGACGGGAACCCAUCGAACCCAGUGACACCGGUUAAGAUCCCAGACUGCCCAGUGCCAGCCUCCCUGUUGGAUGAGUUGUUAAAACCAUCGACUUCCGUCAACAAGGAGCCCCUCAACAACCUGCACAACUGUCUACGGCAUCUCAAGGAGGAGAUGGACAUUCUCCAGAAGCAGAUGGAAGAGCACACAGUGACAGUACAUGAGUCGAUGAACUCGUGGACAAACGCAGAGGAGGAUCAACUGGAGCUGGAAAACAACAUCUCCAAGUCCCCAUUAAACAACAUGGUGGUGGAAAAUAACAAUGAAGCAGAGCCGCAGCCGCAGUGAUGACAGAAGAAGAACUUUUCUCAGGCCAUUAGAGGGAGCGUGGAGUUUUAUCCACAAAGGCACUUUUGAAGAUUCCCUUUUUCUCUUAUCUUAACGAUUGCUGCCAACAUUUGGCGUUCUCCCAUCAGCACAGAAGUGCUUUCGAAAAGUAAUACUUUAUAUACCAUAGCUUUAUUCUUUUCCUCUUUAUUUGACAGUUAUUAUAUUUUUUAUGCUAUUGUCACAUUUAUUUAUUUCAGGAAAGAGAAAUGAUCUGACAGCCUCUCCAAGAGGAUCACUUAUCUUAAGUUUUGUUAUCAUAGACACCAGUUAGAGUAAUAGUUUGAGCAUGUUUUCCUUUUGAGUCUGCAUUCAUUUUCCACUUAAAGCUAUUACGACAUCAUCCUCCUGGUAAUGUUCAGUCCGUGGCUUUGAAUGCUGCUUCAUGAUGGCUGACAUUAUUUGAAAAAAGUGUUUUUGGUGACAACCCGUGAGUCUGUCUCCAGAUUGGCUGUGAACUGUUCUUCCAUUUCUUUGUGCCUGUGUGAGUGGAGUCAGUCAUCUAGGAUUUGACUGACAUGGUUAAACAUCAACGGUUUCUAAGCCGAGACAUCUCCUUUUCAUGAAGUCAUGCAGAAUCGUGGUUUUGUAUUUUCCGCUUGUUCUAAUGCAGUGUUUCUUCUACGUUCGUUGUUACCAUAUCACCACGGGUUCUUAAACCCUAAAACAUUAAUCUCAGUUAUAUAUGGGGGUGUUUCUCUAGCAUGGACUGCAGUAACAAAAAAAAAAAAGCCUUAAGCGAUCUUUAAUAUGCUGUUAAGGACUAAGUGGGUUCGACUGUGCAUAUUCCUCCUGAGGGUGUGUGCGAGAUAUGUUAACGUGUUUGUGUGUGUGAACCCUUACUGAAGAAUGGUUUAUGUAAAAUAAGUGGAAAUGAUCCAAAACUGACGGGGAGAGAAAGUUGUGCGACGAAGCAGAAACGUCACUACUUCGUGCAAGCAGAUGUUACAUUUGGUACAUAUUGUAUUUACAACCCCUUAAAUCAGAUACUUGUUUUAUGGCUGUUUCAUGGGGGCAUUUUGGGAUAAGUUAAUUGUUUCCAGAGGUUAAUAUAUGAAUACGUUCUUUCUUUUUUGUAUGAUUGUAAAUCCAUAAUUGUUUAAUAGUGUAACUAAGAUGAAAUAUCAAAUGCAAAAACCGUACAGCUGCACUAAUAUGUUAAAGCAGACGGGGCCAUUGGAUGGUACGCACAAGCGUUCUGCAUGCGACUGUGCUGCAGCUGCUGAGGCUCAUUCCCACAUUUAAAACACUUUUUUUUUUUACCACCAUUGUAUGCUAAUAAAUUUCCAAAGGGACAAUAAAUAUUCUAAGGGAGAAUGCUUACUGAGGCAACUAAUAUAUAUAUCUUGAAAAUACUGUGUUCUGAUAAAAAGAUUGGACUCUAUCUCCCAGACUACCCUUCACUGUAACGUUGGGUAGUGUGUAGUGAUGGCUGCGCUCAUGCUGCUGUAUUUGCUUUUCUUUCUCUUUAAAGAUUGGAAUUGAUUCAUUCCUUUUUAACAUGUGUGUUGGGAGAUGUGAUUGUAUUUAUCAUAAAAUUGCACUAUUCAUCCGUA